UCUAGCGGACCCAGUGCCAUUCUAAUCCUUGCGUGGAUGGGGGCAGCGCUGCCGCAUGCAAAGAAGUAUGUGAUAAUGCAUCGCCGACUAUUCCCCAAUACGCCUAUAAUCCUCGUUCUGUCAUCACCACGACACUUCUUUCAGCGUGCUUCGACCCGCCAUGCCUCUCUGCAACCGGCAAUAUCGUUGCUUCAAACCUCUCAAACCGACGACGGAACUUUGAUCCAUGUCCUCUCCAACGGUGGCGCGCGAAUGUUGGACGACAUGCUGUCAUUGGCCCCGAACUUGGGAGGUUCGGGAACGAAGAUCCUCUUCGAUUCGACUCCUGGAGAACUGAACUUGAGGAACACCAUUUCGGCGUUCCUAGCGCCAAUUCGACCAUUCUACUUGCGCGCCAUUGGAUCCGUCCUGUUGGCGGUAUUCUAUCUCUUCACAGUAUGGAUGCCCACUACGCUGUUCGGCUCGGUGAAUGUCAUAGAACGAGUGAGGCGGCACCUGAACGAUCCGGCCAUCGUAUCCGUUUCAGAUACGAAACGCGCGUACAUCUAUUCCGACGAGGAUGAACUAGUGCAGUCAUGGGCGGUGGAGAAACAUGUCGCGGACGCGAAGCGUCAAGGAUAUGCGAUGAAUCUUGUCAAGAUGUCUGGCUCCAGGCACGUCGAACACCUGCGCAAAUAUCCCAAGGAGUACGAAGAUACCGUUUUGCUCCUCUGGAAGUCAUAGCAAUAGCAAGUCUUGUUUUGGAUACUGUGUUCACCCUGACAACGCAAAACUAGC